AUGGCCGCCGCCUGGCCGCUCCUACAGACUCUCGAGAUAGCAAAGCGCCACAGGCCGUUCUCACAGUGGCCGCCGGCCGCCGGCUGUCCCACCGUCCGCGCGCUCGCGAUCUUCGCGGAGCGCUGUCCCUCGCUCAAGACCCUCGUCCUCGGCACCCGCUUCCAGCUCACCAACCUGCCGAGCACCACGGACGGAAUGCCACCCCCAUCGACACACGCCCUUCGGCACCUCGAGGUCGGUCUCCGAGGAUACGAGUACGACGAGGAGACGCGCUCCCGCCUCGCGUUGUACGUGGACGCGCUGUUCCCGAACUUCGAGGGCCCGUCCCACCCUACCACUAUGGAUGUUCAACCGAAACCAACCGACAUUCAAACUCCCACCUCUCGUGCCCUUGGCACCACACACAUCGUAGAGCUCGUCAUGGACCAGCUGUUCCCCUUGGGUUCUCUGUCAUCCUUUCCCCCGAUCAGUUAUGAUCGCAACGCCCUCGCCAUAAUGGCCCGCGUCUCCAAGGCGUUCAGUCCUCUCGCGCUGGCUCGCCUGUGGCACACCAUCGCAGACCUCAGCCCUCUGAUCUUUGUCCUUGCGCCCGAGUCUCAAGAGCGGGGCUCUGCAAGGUCUUACCUGCACGAAAAACCAUCAGACGCAGACUGGGCCCGCUUCGAUUCCUACUCCAAAUACGUCCGACGGGUCGAGAUCAUCCUUCGGCUGCUCAUGAAUGGCGUGGACUGGGACUUUUUUCUUUCUCGCUACAGUCGCGACAAGCCCAUUCUUCCCCACGUGGUUUGUAUCGACCACUUGGACAUCUCUCUCCCCGACCACAUCGUCUCGGACUUGCUCCCACCAAAUCUACAGCAAGUGCGCAUCGUUCAUGGUGGGCCCAGACCCUGUCUCGACACGGUCAUCACCCUCUCGGCAACCGCACUGAACGUCCAGAAGCUGACUAUCAAUUACAAGGCCAUCGCGGGCGAAACUCUGGCUCCUCUCGAAACGCUGAAAUCGUUGAAGGAGCUGAACAUCGAGUGUGAAUCCGAAGACGGGAGUUUCAGCGCCGAGUUCUUGGCGACGCUCAGGAAUACGGCAAACAUCCGUCACCUCUCGCUCGAGAGGUUUCGAUUCCCUGCCCAAUUUGAUUAUCGCAUAUUCGGAGAACAGUUCCAGAACCUCGAAUAUCUCAGUGUCACAGUCAACCUUGACGCCUUUGCGGGUCUCGCGACGUUCAUGCAAGUCGUAUCCCCCCCUCUUUCCUAUCUGCACAUAGGACUCGCCGGCUUCGACACACUCCCCACCACACCACAAGACUCCUCCUCUAUCAACGCACACAUCGCCGGGUCCAUGCCACGCAUCCUCGCGCACGUGCCCACCACUCUCCAGAACAUAUCUAUGACGUUCACCUUGAGCAGCCGCGAGCAAACCGGGCUCCUCACGGUCCAUCCCUGCUUCGUCGCACCGACUCUACACCUGCGAGACCUCACGAGCGUCGAGAUCAACAACCGCGGCCUGCCCCCCACCUCAGCGCUCGACGACGCCUCCCUCGCCGCCAUGGCCGCCGCCUGGCCGCACCUCCGAACCCUCGACAUCUCCUCCGACGACUCCCAAGCCGCGACGAACAACUGGUCCCCCGCCGCCGCGACGCCCACCGUGGUCGCGCUGGCGGUCUUCGCCGCGCGCUCCCCCGCGCUGAGGACGCUCGUGCUCCGGACCCGCGUCAGCCUCGCCGGCCUGCCGGCGGCGGCGGCCGACGUGCCGCCCCCGUCGGGGCACCGACUGCGGCGCCUCGUCGUCGGGCUGUGGCGCGACAAGUACGACGAGGGCGUGCGGGUCCGUCUGGCGGCGUACGUCGACGCGCUGUUCCCGCACCUCCAGGGCGUGCUGCCGCCGGGGCUGCCCAGCGAGAUGUGGCACCGAGCGCGGUGCGGAGACGUGUCGUCGCCGUUCGGGCCGGGCGUCAGGGCCAUCCUCUAUGCGAUACAGCUGGGCAGACGGCGCGCGGCGGUGGAGAGCGCGGCGCCGCAGUGA